AUGGCUGCAUCCAGAUUCUACGUCACAUGCGCCCUCCUCCUGAUCGGUGUCGUGCUGCUGGGGCAACAGGGGCAGGAGGGGAUAGAGGGCGCCGUCGCCUGCCCCCAGUACUGCCUCGAAGUGGACUACGUGACCUGCCCGUCGUCCGGCUCCGAGAAGCUCCCGACGAGGUGCAACUGCUGCCUAGCGCCCAAAGGCUGCACGCUCCAUCUCUCCGACGGGACGCAGCAGACUUGCUCUUAA